GAGAAGAAGAAGCCGGACACGAGAACAUUGAUCGCAGGCUCGAGCUGGACCGGCAAGCUACCUAUGACACUUUUCAACGAGCAUGUCCAGCGGCAGCCGUCAUGGGAGAAGCCCGAGUAUACCGUCCACCGCACUCCUAAGGGUUUUACUGGCGCGGUCAUACUGCGGCAGAAGAACCCAAAGACGCACGAAAUAACGGAGCUGCCGCCAAUCUUACCGCCAAAGGAGUACAUGCUGGAAAAGGGAGCGCAACCCAGCGCGGUGGAGGCUAGACAUUUCGCCGCAGCAUACGCGCUGUAUCGAGUUUGCAAUAUGAAGAACAUGGCUAUGGCGCUGCCGCCGCAGUAUCGGGACUUGUGGCGAGGCGACUUCCAGACGCUGAAGACUGAUGCGGUUGCGCAAGGUACGGGGUAUCUAUACGACGCCGAUCCAUUUCUGGCUAUCAAGCAACGACACGAGGCAAAAGACGCUAAAGAGAAGGAGCGAGCAGUGGCAGCGAAGAAGCGGGAACAGUCGGAGAGAGACGCUACCGUCAGCCUUGACGGGACAGCACAUAGGCCCGAUCGAGGGUGGGCGAAGGCUCCAAAGGUGGAGAUGGGCGUCAAAACUCGAAGGGAGGUGGAGCGCUUGGUUAGAAGCGAAGGCGUGUGGAAUCCGUACGAUGUCCGUCCCAGCAAGAGUGCGAGAGCGCUGGUGAUAGAAAAGCUUGCAAGCUAUGGAUUCCGGCCGAGCCACGCCGAAGAAGCAACAGAGUACUGCAGCGGCCUUGAGGAGGCCAUCGAAUGGCUUUUGAUACAUUUGCCCGAGGAUGAUGUACCUGCCUGGGCGCUGCCGGAGAACUAUCUUGCUGGACUGGCCCUCGCGAGUGGCGACCUGCAACGCGAGGGCAGGGUGAAAAGGCUCGCUGCAGCUGGGUACUCUCGUGAUCUUUGCGAGGAAGCACUCACUGCUUGUGCUGGUAACGAGGCCAAGGCCGCCUUCUUGCUACAGGGAAGAUUGAUCAUCCAGCCGGAUCAGCAAACAUCAAACGCAUCGAUCGACUCAAAUAUCGCCGAGGCGGACGCGCUCUGGGGCGAGGAGCAGGCUACGUUAGAAGCAAUCUACGGUGAGCGGUACAGCAGGAAGGGUCUGAGUUGCUCCGUUCGACUAGAGCUACGCACACCCUCGAGCGAACCAAUCCUGUUCCGAGCCACAAAGCCCACUCACUAUCCGCAUCAACUCCCUGCCAUCUCCGUAGAAGCCAGCCUACCCGCCUACAUCAAGCUCAGCAUACUCCGCCAGCUCCUCUUGCAUGCAAGCGAGAAUCUGCUGGGCGAGAUGAUGCUCUUCAACAUGUUGGACUGGCUUGAAACAGCGAUACCGCGCAUCAUUGAUAAUCCAGGCAAUCUAGGCUCAAUCGCAGCCGCCACCUCCACGACUACCGCAUCGAACACCAGAACCGCAUCAAAAUCGAGACUGCGCAAGCACCCUAAGCCCGUCUCCUGGACACCCAGUACGCCGGUCAGUGAACGCAUAAGAGCGGCUUGGAUCGCCAAGCAAAGCACCGCCGAACAACAAAACAUGCUUCGGAUCCGCCAGAACCUGCCUGCCUGGAAACUCAACGACAAAAUCGUAGCCUCCGUCCAUGUCAACCAAGUCACCAUCAUCUCGGGAGAGACCGGUUCCGGCAAGUCUACGCAAAGCGUACAGUUCGUCCUCGACGACUUAAUACAACAGGGCUUCGGCGAGCAAGCUAAUAUCAUCUGUACCCAGCCGCGCAGGAUCUCUGCACUUGGUUUGGCUGACCGUGUGGCGGAUGAGCGCUGCGGGAGGGUGGGGGAGGAAGUGGGUUAUAUCAUUCGUGGGGAGUCGAAGCACAAGCCUGGCUUGACGAAGAUCACUUUUGUUACGACUGGUGUGUUGUUGCGGCGGUUGCAGACGUCUGGUGGCAGUGCGCAGGAUGUUGUUGAUAGCCUCGCGGACAUAACGCAUGUGGUUAUCGAUGAGGUGCAUGAGCGCAGUCUCGAUACUGACUUUUUGCUGGUGCUGCUUCGCGAUGUGCUGGAGAUGCGGAAGGAUCUGAAGCUCAUCCUCAUGAGUGCGACGCUGGAUGCUGAAGUGUUCGAGCGGUACUUCUCAAGUGUCUCGACGGUGGGGAAGAUUGAGAUAGCUGGGCGGACGCAUCCUGUGCAGGAUGUCUACCGGGAGGAUUUGCUCAGGCUUAUUGGUGACCGCAGUGUCGCGGAAGACUGGGAUGCGGCAUCCGAUGAGCGUGACGAGUUCACGCACCAAAGAUCUCGCAUAGAGAAGCCAACAAAGCAACCCAAGCAGGCAGGCCGUGAUGCCUACCGUAUCGACUUCGACUUCGUUGCAGACACCGUUCAUCACAUCGACGCCGAGUUGGGUGCCGAAGAAGGCGGCAUACUCAUCUUCUUGCCCGGCACUAUGGAGAUCGACCAAACUCUACGCCGACUCCGUGACCUGCCGAACCUGUACGCUCUCCCACUUCACGCAGGCUUGCAAAGCUCCGAACAGCGGCGGGUCUUCGCUAAAUCACCCAAGGGAAAGCGGAAAGUUGUAGCAGCCACUAACGUCGCAGAGACUAGCAUCACCAUAGACGACAUCGUGGCCGUCAUCGAUACUGGCAGAGUCAAAGAGACCAGCUUCGAUGCCGCCGAUAAUAUGGUUCGAUUGACGGAAACGUGGGCGUCGAAAGCGGCAUGCAAGCAGCGCAGAGGUCGUGCUGGCAGAGUGCGAGCGGGUAAGUGCUACAAGCUCUUCACCCGACAUCAAGAAAGCAACAUGGCGGAGCGACCUGAGCCUGAGAUUCGGAGAGUUCCGCUCGAGCAGCUUUGCCUAUCCGUGAAAGCUAUGGGCGUAGACGACGUGCCUGCCUUCCUUGCAUCCGCUCUCACGCCGCCUGAAACGUUGUCGAUCGCGAAUGCUAUAUUAUUGCUCGGACGAGUCGGUGCGCUUGAGAAGAACAAGCUUACUGCGCUCGGUCAGCAUCUGUCUCAGAUUCCGGCAGACUUACGGUGCGGCAAGCUAAUCGUGUAUGGGGUCGCUUUCGGGUGCCUAGAUGCUUGCUUGACCAUUGCGGCUACAUUAACGAUCAAAAGCCCGUUCGUGAGCCCGCAGACUAAAAGAGACGAAGCCAAAGCGGCAAAGGCGGUGUUUGGCAAGGGCCAAGGUGACCCUAUCGCUGAUCUGCGCGCAUUCGAAGAAUGGUCUCACAGGCGUUCGAAAGGCGAGCCAACAUCUUCCCUGCGGAGGUGGUGCGAUGAAAACUUUCUCAGCCACCAGACACUCAUGGAUGUUGCUACUACACGGUCACAGUACGCAACGUCGCUGCAGGAGAUCGGAUUCAUACCACCUUACGGGAGCCAUGUCCCCGAGACGCUAAACCUCCAUAACGCCAACGAUCCUUUACUGCGGUCACUCAUCGCAGGUGCCUUCCAGCCACAAAUCGCACGCAUCGACUUUCCGGAUGCGAAGUACAAAGCCUCCGCCGCUGGCGCAGUCGCUGUCGACCCGGAAGCACACAUGAUCAAAUACUUCAACGAAGAAAACGGCCGCGUCUUCGUCCAUCCAGGGUCAAUAAUGUUUGAUGCGCAAGGCUUUCCGGGACACAGCGUCUUCAUGAGCUACUUCGCCAAGAUGGCGACCAGCAAGACCUUCAUCCGCGAUCUGACGCCGUUCAACGUCUACAGCUUGCUGAUGUUCGGUGGUCAGAUUGAGAUUGAUCCACAAGGGCGAGGCUUGCUUGUGGAUGGGUGGCUCAGAUUGAGAGGAUGGGCCAGAAUCGGCGUGCUGAUUAACAGGAUGAGGAUGUUACUUGAUACUCUACUUGCGCGAAAAGUGGAUGAGCCAGGUUUAGACAUAAGCAAAAUGGACACUGUAAGGCUAGUUACGAGGAUGGUGACCUUUGACGGCUUGGAUCAAUGA